AUGAUCAAGUCCAUUGCUGCACGCUCUCGAAGCGCCACUGCUUCUACCGCCGUCCGCGCAAUGUCUGCAGCGUCGACGUCGCUCCUGAGCGAACUCAAACACCAGAUCCCCGUGCGUCAGGAGGCACUCAAGAAGCUCAAGGCCGAGCACGGCCACAAGUCGCUAGGCGAAGUCACAGUCGAGCAAACGCUUGGUGGUGCUCGUGGGAUCAAGUCGCUUCUAUGGGAAACGUCGCUACUUGACGCUGAAGAAGGUAUCCGCUUCCGUGGCCACACGAUCCCCGACCUCCAGAAGGUACUACCGACCCAUGUCAAAGGCGGCGAACCCCUCCCCGAAGGCCUGCUCUGGCUCCUACUGACUGGGGAAGUCCCUACCGCCGCUCAAGCAGCCAGCGUCACUGCUGAGCUCCACGAGCGUGCCAAGGUGCCUGAGCACGUGACGAAGCUCAUUCGUGACCUCAAACACGCGCACCCCAUGACGCAGCUAUCGGCUGCCGUCACAGCCAUGAACACGGAAAGUGUGUUUGCGAAGAAGUAUGCGGAAGGCAUUCACAAGUCGACGUACUGGGAACACACGUACGAAGACAGCAUGAACCUCAUUGCGCGGCUGCCCGAGAUCGCGGCCCUCAUCUACCGUAAUACGUACUACGGCGAGUCCAAUCACGCGUAUGACUCGAGUCUCGACUACUCGGCUAACUUUAACCGCAUGUUGGGCUACGACAACGCCGAGUUUGACGAGCUCAUGCGUCUGUACCUCGUGAUCCACAGCGAUCACGAGGGCGGCAAUGCUAGUGCCCACGCGACGCACCUGGUUGGCUCGACGCUGUCGGACCCGUACCUCGCUCUGGCGGGCGGUCUCAAUGCGCUGGCCGGUCCGUUGCACGGUCUGGCUAAUCAGGAGGUAUUGGGCUGGAUUCUCGACCUCCAGGCCGAGUUCCACUCGAAGGGUCUCGAGGUAAACAAGGAGACAAUCACCCAGUUCGCCUGGGACACGUUGAAUGCUGGCAAGGUCAUUCCGGGCUACGGCCACGCUGUGUUGCGCAAGACGGACCCGCGUUACACGUGUCAGCGCGAGUUUGGCCUCAAGUACAUGCCCAAGGACGAGCUGUUCCGUAUCGUGGACACCAUUUACCAGGUCAUGCCGGGUGUUUUGACCGAGCAUGGCAAGACGAAGAACCCGUACCCGAACGUGGACUCGCACAGCGGAGUGUUGCUGCAAUACUACGGCCUGACGCAGAAGAAUUACUACACGGUGCUGUUCGGUGUGUCGCGUGCGAUUGGCGUGCUUUCGCAGCUGUUCUGGGACCGCGCACUGGGCCUACCGCUCGAACGCCCCAAGUCGGUGACGAGUGAGUGGAUCAACAACUACUUUGCCAACAAGAAGUAG